GCACCAGUGGCUUCCAGACUCAGACCUCUCACGACGCAGGAUCGGGUAGCAGCACGGUCUAUCAUCCGCAGCCUCGCAGAGCGAGUCGAGAACUGGGACAAGCACGCGACGCUCAUUGCAGGCUGUUUCGGUUGCGGAAAAACCGUAGCCCGUGAAGAGGCGCUUGGUGGAAGGCAAGGUGUCCACGUGCACCGGGUGGAAGGAAACGCCUGGAAGAAGGAGCUCUAUGAAGGCCUGGAUUUGGACAAUGAACUGAUGCUUGAGACGGUCUUUCGGGCGAUCAGAGACAAGCUCGGCAAGCCGCCCGUCCUGGUGCUCGACAUCCCGCGAUCGACCAAGGAAGGCAUGGGCUCCAUCUCCGGCUUCGCCAAGUCUUUCUCGUCGGACAAGUCGCUGGUCCACGUGAUCGUCUGCGCUUCCUCGGCGGCCAUGCCCAUCGCCUUCGACGCUGGCGGCCCCAAUCGCCAAAAAAACUUCUGGGCCCCGUGCUUGCCUUGGCGCUCAUGUUCAGGUGGCUUCAAUGCUUUGGAGUUGGUCGAUGCUUGCCAGCGCUACGCCGUGGAAGGGGAGCGGGCGCUCAAGGCCAAGAAAGCGGAGAUGAAGGAGAGUGCCUACGAAGAUGUGAAGAUAUUUUUGAGGGAUUGCAAGUUCAAGACCGACAUCACUGACACCACGCCGGCUGGCGCGGGCAGCGGCGUUGAUGUUGGCAAGUUGGCAGGCGGCAGUUGCGCACUGCCGCAGGAUGUGGCAAUGUGGAUCCGAGCUCAGAAGUGUCACCCUGUGAUUUGGCGCACGGUGGAGCGGAAGUAUCAAUUCGCAUCGGAGCUGCACGCAGAAGCAGCAACCGAGAUUUUGAACAGCCCGUCACAGCAAUCUCCAAAGGAGCGAACUUGCCAUGGGGGGCGCUGA